AUGAGUUUAUUUCUAUGCAUAUUCGUGUCACUCUUGAUUCUUCCUGUAUCAAUUUUUUUAGCAUGGCGAAAACUAAAAAAUGGACAUUCAAACAUAAAGGUGCCACCAGGAUCAGGUGGAUGGCCAGUGGUUGGCGAAAGCUUCAGGUAUCUGUCGUUAGGUACUCAACAAUUUAUAAGUGAAAAAAGGAGAGAGUACUCCACAGAUGUAUUUCAAACUAGUAUUUUUCGACAAAAAAUGGCUGUGUUUUGUGGAGCACAGGGAAAUAAAUUUGUCUAUACGAAACUAAUCAAAUCAUGGUGGCCAGAUACCGUGAAGAAGAUCUUAUUUGACCCUGAGUUUUCGCACAUUCUAGUUGACGAAUCAUUAGUGAUACAUCAUUUUGUACAUGAGAUUCUAAAGCCAGAGGCUUUGAAACUCUACAUCCCUGUGAUGGAUGCCAUGGUACGAGAGCACGUGGAGUUGGAUUGGGAUGGUAAUGAAGUCGUAAAGGUACAUCCUUUGUCGAAGAAGCACACAUUUAGUUUGGCUUGCAGAUUAUUUGUCAAUGAAAUUGACGUUCAGCAAGUCACGAAGAUAUUCAAGCAUUUUGUACUUGUUACUUCUGGAAUGUUCUCUGUUCCGAUUAAUCUGCCCGGUACUGCCUAUAGUAGAGGUGUGAAGGGUGGGAAAUUGGUCCGCGAGGAGCUUGAGAAGAUCAUCACCAGACGGAGAAAGGAAUUACUGGAGAAAAAGGAAACAUCACCGUGUUAUACUGAUGUUUUGUCUCGAAUGCUGCUCCUGACAGAUGAAAAUGGAAAAUUUAUGAGCGACAAGGAGAUAUCGAAUUAUAUUAUUGCCUUACUUGUCGCUAGCUAUGAGAGCACCAGCACUGCUAUUUCAUUCGUGCUCAAGUAUCUUGCAGAGCUUCCACAUAUUUAUCACGAGGUCUACAAAGAAUUAACGAAUAUAGCAAAAUUGAAAGGAGAGGGGGAGUUGUUGAAUUGGGAAGAUAUUCAGAAGAUGAGAUACUCGUGGAAUGUUGUUUGUGAAUCUCUUAGGCUCACAACCAUGAAUUCUUCAUUUUCCGGCUUUAGAGAGGUUGUCACCGAUGUUUCAUUUUCCGGCUUCACCAUUCCUAAGGGAUACAAGGCAUCUUGGUCAUCAUACACAACACACAAGGAUCCGGAAUGCUUCCCGGAUCCAGAAAAAUUUGAUCCAACAAGAUUCGAAGGUAAAGGACCUGCCCCCUACACUUAUGUACCAUUUGGCGGAGGCCGAAGAAUGUGUUGCGGGAAGGAGUAUGCUCGACUUGAAAUUCUGGUGUUUAUAUAUAACAUUGUCACCAGAUUCAAUUUGGAAAUCGUCAAUCCCCAAGAGAAGAUAGUGUUUCACUCUUUCCCGAUACCAGUGGAAGGUCUACCAAUCCGCAUUACUCGCCAUAAUAUAUAUAGCUAG